GACUCACAUCGCCGCACCUACCGACGCGAUAUGGCUAUGACGACGCCCACCGAAUCUCCAGCCGCUAAUACAAGUACCUUCGCGGGGCCCGGCAGCGUCGCACAGCACGAUAGCAGCGACCACCACACUCGCCACCCGAACCCGUCCACCAACGACCAUCCCGACUUUCACCAACACUCGCACGCGCAAUCUUCCACCUCGCAGAAUCGCAUGUCCACGGGCAGCCGUGUCCUGGGUGUGACUGGCCCCGCCGGCGAAUCCGGGCUUCCCCCGUCUCGUCCUUCUUCCAUCGCGACAUCGGGCCAUGGCCGGGCAAAUUCGCAGGCUGCACAUCCAAGUCGGGGACUGGGGCGCGUGGGCAGCACAGGAGGGAGCGUGACAGGAAGUUUGUCGCAGAGCCGUCCGACAACGAGCGCCAGCAGAACUCAUGUUCCCUUGGCAGCCCACGGUUUCUUCCGCCCCAUGAGCAGUCAAAGGUUGCAGCAACAGCGAAACCAGCGUCCCACGUCGCUGCUGGGCCACACGGCGCUCUACGUGGAAAGCAGCAAUGAGUCCGGAGGAAACCACUACAGACACAGCAUCGGCUCCAACAACACUAUAAAAGAAGCCCCGCUCGGUCUACAUCGCACCCAAGACGAACCACCCCCUCCUUCUCGCGGAACAGACUUUAGCGAUCGCGACCUGCCCGACCGAAACACUGCCAACUCAACUCCCACAGGGGCUGAGACAGUGCGAAGCCAAGGCGAAAGCAUCACUCCUCUGCAACGACCCCCCAAACCACAACACCUAGACCUCUCCAAAAAUUACAAAACCGAUUCUGGCAAGGUGGCAACCCCCAGCAAGUCGCCUCGCUCUUUCACCUCUAAUUUCCUCUUACCCAGCCGCGAAGGCCGGCUUUCCCUCAGACCACAGGAAGGUCAUGAAAAACUGACCUCGGCCGAAUCGUCCCCGAGGAUGGCGCGCAAGGAAACUCCCAAGGAAGUGGUCAAGCGCGAACUGGGUAAAAACUACCAGUAUUUUGCUGGGAACACUGCCUUUUGUUGGGGUGGACGUUUGCAAAAUACUCGCGAUCGGCCUGUCAACAUCGCUACAGCGCUUCUCAUCGUAGCCCCUACCGCCCUCUUCUUGGGCUUCUCCGCGCCAUGGUUAUGGCUUAAUGUUUCUCCUGCGAUACCCAUUACCUUUGCGUACUUGUUCUUGAUUUGUAUUUCUUCUUUUAUCCAUGCCACUGCUUCCGACCCGGGCAUUUUACCGCGCAACUUACAUCCUUUUGCCCCACCUAAUCCUAAUGACGACCCACUCAGCGUCGGACCCCCUACUACUGAGUGGACCAUGGUUGUCUCUGCAGCCGGAGGCAACGCUGCGAUGGAAGUCCCCACCAAGUUCUGCAAGAGCUGCAACAUCUGGAGGCCACCCCGAGCUCAUCACUGCCGUGUCUGUGACAAUUGUAUUGAGACUCAGGACCACCACUGCGUGUGGCUCAACAAUUGCAUUGGCCGACGAAACUACCGAUAUUUCUUCACUUUUGUGAUGUCUGCCACCAUUCUCGGUGUCUAUCUCCUUGCUGCCAGCUUGACCCAUAUUCUUCUAUGGCGUGCACGAAACCGUGCCACAUUUGGUGAUGCAAUCUCAGAGUGGCGCGUGCCGUUUGCCAUGUGCAUAUAUGCGGUGCUUGGGGCUCCCUAUCCGCUCAGUCUGGGGUUAUAUCACCUCUUCUUGAUGGCUCGUGGGGAAACCACUCGCGAGUACUUGAAUUCGCACAAGUUCCUCAAAAAAGACAGGCACAGACCUUUCACCCAGGAAUCGAUGUUGAAGAACUGGAUUGCGGUGCUGAUACGACCACGACCUCCUACAUAUCUGCAGUUCAAAAGUCAGUAUGAGGAUGGUGACCAGAGGUUCGGCAAGGGCGUUGAGAUGCAAGCAAUCCGCACCGAGGGCUCCGUCAGCGAAUCCCGUCAACGCAGGUCCCAAGCGGGAUAG